AGAGGGAUCUUUGACUUUUUGGUGUAAUGUUGCAAAUUUUAAAAACAUUGUCCAGAAACAUAUCAGAAGAAAAUUUAUCCAUUCCAACGAAGAAAAAUGUCAUUAUCAAAUCCUUCGGGAAACGCUAACACUGAAGAUGAUGAACUUACUCUUCCUAGAGCUAGUAUAAAUAAGAUGAUCAAAGAACUAGUGCCCUCCGUGAGAAUUGCUAACGAAGCUAGAGAGCUGAUUCUGAAUUGUUGUACAGAAUUUAUUCAUCUCCUGAGUUCAGAGGCUAACGAAAUCUGUAAUCAGCUACAUAAAAAGACUAUAAAUGCAAAACAUGUCUUAAUGGCUCUGGAAAAACUAGGGUUUUCUGACUAUCAGGCUGAGGCAGAAGCUGUUUUGAAGGAUUGUAAAGCUGUAGCAGCUAAAAGAAGACGGCAAAGCACCAGACUUGAAAAUUUAGGCAUACCUGAAGAAGAAUUAUUGAGACAACAACAAGAAUUGUUUGCUAAAGCUCGUCAAGAACAAGCAUUUGCUGAGCAACAGCAGUGGGAACAAAUCCAAGCCGCUGCUGCAGCUCAACAAGUAGGCUCUGUGUUACCUUUAGAUGAUGAUACUGAUGAUUAUUCUUAAAGCAGAAUAUGAACAUGAAAUAUUUCAGUGAACCCUGUGGAUACUUUUCACAUUAUAUGAAAGGUAUUUUCACUUUAAAGUAUUUAUUUUUUUAGGAUCUACAAGAAUACUGUUAUGCAUUUUAUUAUCCUGUUUUCAUAAUUUUAUUCUGACUACUGAUGUAUAGGUAUAUGCUGGUAGUGUCAAUUGCAUUUCCUUUCAUCUUCCCCAGUUGAAUGGAAAUUAUUGAAUAUAAAUAACAAAAAAAACAGUUUAUUUUUCCCAACACAUCCUCAUAUUAACAACUUAGUGUUAUGUAAUAAAAUGAAUAAUUCUUCUGGAAGGUUUUCA